AUGGCGGACGGCGAUGCAGGCGGCUUUACAGCGUUUAUGGCGACGAUGGAAGGUGAGACGUUGCAGCCUGUAGCGACGGAAGUGAAGGACGAGUACCAGUACGAAGAGCAGCAGGAGCGGAAAGCGAUGAUGAAGAGCUACCACCACCCGAUGAAGCAGUGGUUCCGACAGCGACCGCAGCUGGAGGCCAAGUACGGAGUCUUCCCAUUGUUCUGGCAAGAACUCGAGACGUGGGCACCGUAUCGGGAAGUACUGAAGGCUUACAUCAAGUUUACUGAUCAUGGAGACGACGACGAGAGUCUAGAGAAGCAAGGGGGUACAGAAGAGACUUUGAAGAAGGAAGGAGAUGCUGCUGGAGACGGCGUUUGUUUGGAGACUGAAGAACAGCCGAAGAAACGACGCAAAAGUCGAUGGGGGGACCCUGUGGAGCCUGCAGCAGACAGCAAUGGCGAAAAAAAGAGGAAGAAGUCCCGCUGGGCUCCUGCGUCGAGCGUCACUUCGACAGCAGCUGGUCUGAUGAACCAGCAACAGCAGCAAAUUGUGGUGCUCCAUGCCCAGCUCGAGGGCAUUAAUCAGAAAAUGAAGACGGUGGCGAUCGACGCUGCAUUGGCAAAGAAAGACCCGAACCGGUCGCCGUCGCCCCCACCGCAAUACGACUCGACCGGCAAGUGUACGAAUACGCGUGAAGUGCGUAUGAAAGCUGCACUGGAAAAACGCCGGCGUGGAACAAUUGAUCAGCUCUUGAAGAUCAACCCGCUGUUCCGACCACCAGCCGACUACACGCGUCAAAAACUGAAUCGCAAGAUCUAUAUUCCGUACCGGGAUUUUCCAUCGUACAAUUUCAUCGGCCUGAUUAUCGGACCUCGCGGUAAUACGCAAAAACGAAUGGAACGGGAAACAAACUGCAAGAUCGCUAUACGUGGCAAGGGCUCUGUAAAAGAAGGCAGUAAGGGAAAAAAGAUGAACGGCGAUGAAGAUGAUGAUUUGCACGUGCUCAUUACAGGUGAUCGUGAAGAGGAUCUUGACCAGGCAGCAAAGGAAGUGCAGAGUUUACUUGUGCCGGUGGAUGAUACAAAGAACUCGCACAAACAGAAGCAAUUGCGUGAGCUGGCUCUGAUCAACGGUACACUCCGAGACGACGACUAUUGCCAUAUUUGUGGCGAAAAAGGUCAUCGACAAUGGGAAUGUCCAAACCGUGAUGCUCAUCGUACAUUCAAGGCUGUUAACGUCAAGUGUGCCAUAUGCGGUGACUCUAGUCACCCAACUCGCGAUUGCACUCAAAAGAAGUCUACUGAAGAGAGUGCUGCCAUCGACAAAGAAUAUCAGCAGUUCAUGCAACAGCUGGGCGAAGCACCUAUUAUUUCGACAGCUACAAAGGUGAAAACGCCAGAGGCGGCGACAGCCCAGGCAGCAUCAGCACCAUGGCUGAAACCAGCGAAGACAUUUUCAAGUGCAACCACGCAGCCUUGGAUGAUGAAGCAAUCUGUCGGAGCACCAGGUACUGCAAGCGCCCCGGGUGUGCAAGUAUCUGGACCAGUUACUAUGGGCUCUACUCCAGCAACCGCUUUUCCACCCCCGGUCGCGCCGGUCGGAGGAUACGAUUGCCAAUUGCAGGGACAAGAUUGGGGACAGCACGGAUGGAAUGGUGGAUACAACUCGUACUACGGGUCCUGGAAUCAAAGUGUACAGGUUGCCGGUCAGCAGGCGUAUGGUCACUUGGGGCCUCCCGCGGGUGGAGUCGAUGCUAAUGCUGGCGCACCUGGUGGGGCUAGUGGAACCGACCAGUAUCAAUAUGCGCCGUGCAGCAAUCCGCCGCAGUAA